AUGUGGUGGAGGUGGAGACCUCGUGCUCGGCGGGCAGGAAGGGCAGGCGGUGAGGCAGCUGCCGGCAGAACCCAUCGACGCUACUGGCCCGCCUCGAAAAGCUCAGUGAAUACGAGGCAAAACAGUGCAAUUGACAGUCGCAACCAGAGACGUUCCAGUUCCGACUCUUUAUCUCUCGAAUCCAGCCUUGAUGCAAUUUUCCACCAGAGCUCCGUUGAUCUAGUUGAAUUCGACGCUGGCUGGCCCGACGUCGACAAUCUUCAAUCAACAUGCACCGAUCUGGCCCAGCACUUUAUUCUUCAUAAUUUUCGUCCACAAGACCACCGUCCAAAGCAUUUUGACCGUAUUCAACAAGAUCUCUCGCAGCUGGAUAUCUGCGUUGGUCCGUCCGAGUCGAAUUUUCCUCCCUGUGCGAAAUCAGCCAUGGCAACUCCCGUGUUGGACCGUUUCCUCACCAGCCUAGCAGAGCUGGUCUCGACUCGAGAUGGCGAGAAGUUACAAGACUUCCUGCAGAUUGAGCCGCCAUUGCCGGAUAUCUACGGACAGAUGGUGGUGGAAUUGAGGACGAGAUACCCCAACGGAGAAGGCGACGCGGAAUUGUUGAAACGGUGUGAAGCCUUAGUACCCAAGACCAAGGGAGGAACAUCGUGGACUGCGUUCCCUGUGUUUAUGAAGCUCUAUUUUGCAUUCCUGCGCGAUGUCAAUGUCGAAAAUCUCCUCGAGACAUAUGAUCGUUUGAGGGCGUUGUUGAAUCAAUGUGUGUUGGCUCUCGGCGACAGUCAGAUGGGUGUAAUCGUGCUGCCUACAGUUCUCUAUCUCUCCAAAGUCCUUGCCAAAUUAGCCAUGGGCCUGGACCGGCGGCCAGAGCUGAUAGCGCACCUCUUGCAACAAGAAGGACGUUCUGAUAAGGAUGAAGCCGUGGAAAAAGUCACCCUGGUCGAGCAAUCGGCCAACGUCGUGCGCGAGGCAUUCAUCAAAUGUUUGACCGACAGGACCGGCGCACCUGGUGUGACUGGAAAGCCAGAAGGAAAGCGCGUCGGCAUUUACUUGAUGGCCAAUUUGUGUUUAAAGCUAUUGUUUCAGUGUGGCAAGCUCCGAAAUGCUGAGCAGAUGUUCGCUAGUAUCAGCGCGCAGUCCCCUCCGUUGGAUUACUUUCCGGCUUCCCAACGGGUGACUUAUCUGUACUAUCUGGGAAGAUAUCUCUUCUUCAACAACCUCUUCUAUCCAGCUCAGAUUGCGCUGCAGGCAGCCUACGACCAAUGUCAUCGCCAGGCAACUAAACAAAAGCACCUGAUCUUGAUCUACCUCAUCACAUGCAACAUCAUCAUGGGCCGUUUCCCUUCUCCAAUGCUGCUUCAAAAGCCCGAAGCCCAGGGUCUCGCGGAAAGAUUCGUCCCUCUAUGUCGCAUUAUUAUUUCCGGGGACUAUCUCGCUUUCCGGGAGCACUUGGCUGUGGGCUCUCCCACGGCAGAAUGGUUUGCACGGAAAGGUAUUUUGUUUCAGCUGCGCCAUCGAUGCGAGAUCCUGGUGUGGCGAUCACUCACUCGCAAGGUGUUCAUUUACGGCGGCUUCCAAGCAGAUCUGAAUCCACAGGUUCAGCGGGGACCACCUCCAUUCCUUUAUCUGAGCAAACUGGAAGCGGCUGUGAGGUUUAUUCAGAGGCGUCACUCUCAACCUACGCUUUUGAAACCCGGGGCAACGGACGCAGAUUCCAAGCAUGGAUAUGGAUCCGCUACCGUCGACCUUCCUCCGGACAGUGAUUUUGAAGGACUGAAUGGAUUCAUUCCUGAAUCACAUACGGAACCUAAUAUUGACGAUUACAUCACGCCCGAUGGAUACUUUGACGCUGAAGGUGAAUGGCGGGAGAACCCAACUGGCGCGCUAAUUGAUGGGGAACCAGACCAAGAGUCCAGUGAACAAUUAGAAGAAUUGAACCCGUACAAUAGGGCUCACAGAGAUGUCGACUCAAAUGAAGAACAGCCCUCAGAACUCGUGCGAGAGCUCGAGUCCAUUCUUGCUUCCCUUCUGAAUCAAGGCCUCAUGCGUGGUUACCUUACCCACAAGAACCCGCGAUUUGCCAUCCCAGGCGCACGACACCGGGGGGCUCUACCGACAGGGUUUCCGAAUGUUUGGCAAACAAUUCACACUCGAGAGAUGGAAGAAGGGGAAGACGUGCCAGGAUGGGUCCGUCCGCCUUCACCAUCCGCAUUGGCAAGAAAUCCAUUUCAGGGAGCGGGAGGAGGUCGAGUUGUCAAUUUGAAGGGCGCAAAGCCCGUCGGAGUGCAAUGA